ACUUUGACAUGUGUAGACGCCCCAACCAACGGUUGUCAUGUUAUUUUGUUAUCGACGUUUUCGAGGUGUUUUUAAUGUGAAUUGUGAAUUGAGUUUGAUUUCAUUAAUUGUAGAUGAGUAACUAUUCAUAAAAGUAUGACAUAUUAAAAUUGGAUCGUUUUUUUGUGUGUCAAUUAGCAUCCUUCCACAAUGUCAGACCGAUCCAUAGCAUCACGGCCGAGUCUUGAGCAGGUGUUGGCUAUAGUGGAUUUUAUGGAGAAGCAUCCAGCGCUGGCACUGGGGCAGUUGCGAGGGCUAGAGGGUAGAGACGAGAGCAAGAAACUGUGGUUCCAACUCACGAGGAUAGUUAAUAAUAUUACUGGCCCUAUUAGGCCCAUGAAAUCAUGGAUCAAAUAUUGGGCUGAUAAAAAGUCCACAGUGAGGUCUAAAGUGCAGUCAGUUGGCGGCGAUCCCAAUAGUCUCUGUUCCAAUGUUGAAAAAAAGAUAUGGGACCUGUUCCUAGCCAAUGAUGUGUCAAAGUCCCGUAAUGUGAAGCAAGAAUCUCACUUCAUAGACGAGACCGUAUUAAACGAAGACAGUAUAGACGAGGCCAACAUGGAGCCAGAACCAGUGCUGGAUUUCGAGGUCGAGCCGGUCGCUGAUCCUGAGGAGCGACAAAUUGCAAUUAUGGAUAAACUGGUAAAGGCGAUGAGUUCCCAGGCGUCUGCGCUGGCGCAGCUCGGACACGCAUCGCUCGUCAGCUCGCAGGCUAUGGAACGACUAGCGGACGCCUCGCAUCUACAGGCGCGCGCACUCGACCGGCUCGCGAGCACGUUCGAGAGCAUCGGCGCCGCGACGCACCAAGUGGGCACAGCGCUGCUCGAUAUCGAUGCCACGGUUAAACGCUGCUACGCCACGUCGCCCACUUAGCACACCUACCUCUGAACUGACCACAACGUUGCUAUAUCGCGUGUGGUCGCAUGUGAUAGCGUGUGCUCGCGAAUAUUCGCGUUCGCUCGCGGGUGCUCUCGUGUACUCGUGUGUGAUCGUAUGUACUCGUGUGUGAUCGCGUGUACUCGCGUAUGCACGUAUGUGAUCGCGUGUGUUCACGUGUGCUCGCGUCUGCUAGCGUGUGAAAUUCUUUCGAUUCGAUUCAUUUAAGAGGCGCCACGUCUAGAUGUUUGAAUAGACUAAGUGUGGUCUCUGAUAGACUAAAGAUAUAUUAAUAGUAUUGUAAUAUACCUAGUUGUAUUAAACAUGGAUUUUUUCUAUGUGAUUUUAUUAAUAUUUAUAGUUUGAUAUUAAAUGUGGUUAUAGAGAACGACUUGUGUUAUUUUUACAUAACUGGUAAAGAUGAAUUUAUAUUUAUUCAGAAAUACAAAUAAAAUAAAUAUUUUGUAUUCAUGUAGCGAAUGUUUUAAUAUUUUAAACAAACUUGUAAAUAUAUAAAAUCUUAUAUAAUUAUAUUAAAUUUUUUUAGGUUUCAUGACAUUCAUAAAUGUAUUAUUUAUUAUUGCUUAAAAAGCUAUUCAUAUUUAACGUUUUUUUUAUGAUUAUAGAUAUAAGCAAUUUGUUUAAGUAAUAAAAUUUUAUUUAAUAAUUCAUUAUUUUGAAAAAAUAUUACAAGUAUUUAAAGAUAGACUUACGAUGUAUAUGCAAUCAUGAAAUGCCAUAAUUAUGUGAUCAAGAUGUCAAUAGAUUAUCAUUUGAUAAAUAUGUUACUAAUAUUUUAAAUACACUAUCGGGACUUAUAUAUAAAAUUAUCGUGUCACGGUGUUUGUUAUCGAACUCCUCCGAAACGGCUUUACCGAUUUUUAUGAAAUUUUGUGAGCAUAUCGGGUAGGUCUGAGAAUCGGCUAACAUCUAUUUUUCAUACCCCUCAAUGAUAAGGGUGACCCUCCCCAAAUUUUUUUUUUAUUUUUUUGACAAAUUUUUCCCUUUUUAUGUUAUUAUGAUUAAGCAUUGAAAAAUACAUACAAUCCGUUUGACGAUCAACUCCUGUUUUUUAAUCGCGAUUUUUAUAUUCCGCAAUAGGGUUGCAAGAUGGCAAUCCAAUAUAAUAAUUGUAGUAGAAUAAAUUUUCAUGUAUAGUUCUAAAAAUAAUGUAUAUGGUAAAUCAACGUUUGCCGAGUCAGCUAGUAUAGUAUAAGCAGCUUAUUUAUAUAUAUGAGUCUGCGACUUUAUUGCUGUCAGACGAAGACGCCGGUCACUUCAGUCCUGUCGUGACCACGACGUGGUGCAAUCCACCUGGAAAUGUCGGCAAUAAAGAAGCAGAUAUGUAUGUAGUUAGGUACCAGUAGUAUUUACCAGCAAAUAUUUUUCAUUAUGUCAAGUCUCGAUAGUGUAUUUAAAAUUUAUGUAAACAAUGGGGAAGUGUAAAAUAAACUAUGUGUUACUAAAAGUAAGUAAAAUGACCUAUAUAAAUACAUUUUUUGUAAAUUUAUACUUACAUCGCUUUGUAAAUGGAGGCAGUGUAUACAUAAAAGAGUAUUUAAAGAGUUAAAAUUA